UCAGAGCUCGGUGCUAUUGUCGUUUUAUUGUUUGGCAGAUCUUAUACCAAUACUUAUACACAAAAUCAGCAUCGAGGAACAGUAUCAGUGCUUUGUUAUGUUUGUUUAGCAAGCUAAUGCUAAAACAGUGUAAAAAAUGAACGUUGUUCCGGGCACUGCCUCGCUUCUUGAGGAACUUGACAAAAAACUCAUGGUUUUACUGAGAGAUGGACGAACGUUAAUUGGCUAUCUUAGAAGCGUUGAUCAAUUUGCCAAUUUGGUUCUGCAUCGAACUAUUGAAAGGAUCCAUGUUGGUAAAGAAUAUGGUGAUAUCCCUCGAGGAGUUUUCAUUGUAAGAGGUGAAAAUGUGGUGCUAUUAGGAGAAAUCGACAAAGAUAAAGAAAAGAAUUUGCCUCUGUCGGAAGUCUCGGUUGACGAUAUUCUGGAUGCUCAAAGAAGAGAACAAGAGUUAAAGCAAGAUCAAGAAAGGCGCAUGAAUAAAGCAUUAAAGGAUCGUGGGCUGUCAUAUAUACCUGAUUUAGGUCAUGAUGAUAUGUUCUGACCAAUAUCAUUGUCGUGAUAAAAUUUGUUUUCAGCUUCCUAUGACUCACAUUAUCCUAGUGAUAACGAACUAUACAUUUUAUUUUUGAGUGUUUUAUAAAAAAUCAAAGCAUUUACUUUUACGAAAUCAUACUUAUCAAAGUACUGAGGUCCUGGGGACUCUAAAGCCUAUUUUUUUUUUAGAAAAAUUGUUAUUUGAAGUUUAGAAUACUUAAAGAUUAUUAAGAAACAUGCAAAUAAAGUGUAAAAAGCUAUUAAUACUAUUGACAAAACUUUUUAAAAUGUGAUUGCUCAGUAUAAUUUUUAUUUAAAAAAAAAAACAUGUAAAUAUGAGUAAUUUUUGUAUUUUUCAAUAAUAAUUGAUAAAAUUGUAGAAAGUGUA